UCGCGGGCUACCGUGGUAGCUUCGGUUCACGCAAGGUAUUCUGGGUAGGUCAGACGCCAUGUGCUUUUGAAACCAGGGAACUGGACAGAGACCUGGCUGUGAGAAACUUGGCCUGUUUUUCAGAGGGUUCACGCUCCGGGAACGGUUUCUGUCUACGUUAAUGAUGUUGUGCAGCAGACGGUGCCUGAGGACCGCAAUGCGGGCCGUGGCCACAACAACACAUCGGCAGCAGCUUCAGAGGUCGACGCCGGCCUUGUGCGCUCUUAGACUCCUGAAGACCAGUCCAGCAACACAUUCAGAGGCCCUCUCUACCCCUCAGUUAGACGGAGCGCCAAAAGAGUAUUCCCCCAAAAUCCAACAGCUUGUCAAAGACAUAGCAGGUCUCACUUUGUUGGAGGUGUCAGAUCUCAAUGAGCUCCUCAAGAAAACUCUGAACAUUUCAGAUGUUGGAAUGAUGCCAAUGGGGGCCAUGGCUGGAUCCAACGCAGCUGCAGCUCAGGCCGAAGAAGAGGAGGAGGCACCCGUGAAGAAAGAGAAGACUCACUUUAUAGUAAAACUGACAGAGUUAAAAGCCGCAGACAAAGUCAAGCUUAUAAAGGAAGUGAAGAACUGCAUGCAAGGAUUGAAUCUGGUUCAGGCCAAGAAAUUAGUAGAGACUCUUCCCCAGGAAAUCCGGGCGAAUGUAGCCAAAGAGGAGGCUGAGAAACUGAAAGCAGCCCUGGAGGCAGCAGGUGGAACUGUAGUGUUGGAGUAGAGAGAUGUUUUAUCACGUGGCUGCUCAUGCACUUGGUUCUUUUUUCUUUUUUUCCUUUCUACCGUUUCCUUUUUUUUUUUUACACGACAAAGAACAGAGUAUGCCAGGAGUAAAAGAAACAAAGACAUGCCUCCUGACAUUAGCACGGUUUCUCUGCAUCUUCAUAUGCGGCAACUCAGACUGAACUUUCCAGGCAGACUGCCUGCACCGGUGGCUGCCCCAUCGUCUGCUAGUCCACAUGUCUGUCUGUCUGUCUGUCUGUCUGUCUGUCUGUCUGUCUCAUUGUUCUGUAGCAGAUCUGCUACAGCAACACCAGGCUGUGUGUCAGUAACCCAUUUGUCCAUCCCCUUGUGUGUAUGUAUGUUCUUUCUGUUGACAGAUAAUUGACAGCUCCCAGUUAUGAAGAACACCGGGUACUUUACCAUGUUAAAGAGUGUUUACUGCUCAAAGAAUUGUUAAUAAUGUGAUUAAAGGUGAAAUCUCCCCAUCUUCCUCCUGUUCUUUAACAUAAUUUGUUUGUUCUGUUAUAUUGAUGGUGUAUGAAAAACUUUAAA